GUCCGGUCCCCCGGUCCGGCCCUCGCCGUGCCGUCCGGCCGGGUGGCGCACUCUGGAUGCCCCGCGGGGCUAGCGCGACUCCCGCUCCCCGGUCCGGCCGGGCAGGACCCCCGGAUCCCCUCCGCCGGCUGCCCCUCCACCGGCUGGGCGCUGCCCUCGGGGCCCGGCUGCCCGUCCGGCCUUAAGCUCCCGCAGGGCCAGGGCGCGGCAGCAGCGGGGCGGCUCUGAGCACCCGGGCCCCCCCGGACCCCUCCCGGACCCCUCCCGGACCUCCGCCGCACCUCCCCCCGGAGGCUUUCCUGGGCCAUGGAGUACACGGCGUCGCCCAAGCCCCAGCUGUCCUCCCGGGCCAACGCCUUCUCCAUCGCCGCGCUCAUGGCCAGCGGCGGCUCCAGGGACAAGGAGACCCCCGACAGCACCAUCAAACCUCUGGAACAAUUCGUGGAGAAAUCCUCCUGCGCCCAGUCCCUGGGCGACCUGCCCGGCCUGGACCCGCGCGGAGGCCUGGACUUCGGCGGCGGCCCGGGCGGCCCGGGCGGCCCUGGGGUCCCAGCCGGGGCCGGGGCCGGGGGCGGCAGCCCCUCCGCGCCCCGCACCGAACCCCUCAUCCCCGCCGCCCCCGCCGUGCCCAGCGAGGAGAUGGCCCGGAUCGGCUGCAGCCUGGAGACCAAGGAGCUGUGGGACAAGUUCCACGAGUUGGGCACCGAGAUGAUCAUCACCAAGUCCGGGAGGAGGAUGUUUCCCACCAUCCGGGUUUCCUUUUCGGGAGUGGAUCCUGAAGCCAAGUACAUCGUCCUGAUGGAUAUUGUCCCUGUGGACAGCAAGAGAUAUCGUUAUGCUUACCACCGGUCCUCCUGGUUGGUAGCUGGAAAGGCAGAUCCUCCUCUUCCAGCCAGGUUGUACGUGCAUCCUGAUUCUCCCUUUACAGGAGAGCAGUUACUCAAACAGAUGGUGUCUUUUGAAAAAGUGAAACUCACCAACAACGAGCUGGAUCAACAUGGGCAUAUCAUUCUGAACUCAAUGCAUAAGUACCAGCCUCGGGUGCACAUCAUUAAGAAGAAGGACCACACUGCCUCCCUGCUCAAUCUGAAGUCUGAAGAGUUCAGAACCUUCAUCUUUCCAGAGACCGUUUUCACAGCAGUCACCGCCUACCAGAAUCAACUGAUAACCAAGCUGAAAAUCGACAGCAAUCCUUUUGCCAAAGGAUUCCGGGACUCGUCCAGACUCACUGAUAUUGAGAGGGAAAGUGUGGAGAGUCUUAUUCAAAAACAUUCCUAUGCCCGAUCCCCAAUCCGUACAUAUGGAGGAGAAGAGGAUGCUCUGGGAGAUGAAAGCCAGACAUCGCAGAGCAGAGGAUCAGCCUUCACUACGUCUGAUAAUUUGUCCCUCAGCUCUUGGGUGUCCUCUUCGUCCACUUUUCCUGGAUUCCAGCCACCGCAGCCCCUGACAGCCCUGGGCACCAGCACCACUUCCCUGGCCACACCCAUUCCGCACCCCAUCCAGGGCUCGCUGCCGCCGUACAGCCGUCUCGGAAUGCCCCUCACCCCUUCGGCCAUCGCCAGCUCCAUGCAGGGGAGCGGGCCAACAUUCCCCUCGUUCCACAUGCCCCGGUACCACCACUACUUUCAGCAGGGGCCCUAUGCAGCUCUGCAGGGACUCCGCCAUUCCUCUGCAGUGAUGACACCAUUUGUAUGACUGGCCUAAGUGGGGAGAGGUGGAGGAUCCAGGUUUAGAAUGUACAGAUUUGUUCUGAAACUAAAGGGCGGGGUGGAGUGCAGGUGAGACACUCUCCUUGAGGAUUGGGACCUAUUUAAGAAGAGAGUUGAACGCCAAAUAAAGCAAGUGCUAGCAUCAAGCAGUGUGGAUUGUGGACAAGGAUCCUUCUGGGGAGGGGAAGGGCAGUUUCUCUUUGGGUUCAGCAGGAAUGGACCUGCCUUGAAGUUAUUAGAAGACCUGGGCUUUGAAACCACAAGAAGCCAGAUUUUUUAGGGGGACGAGGUAUCCGAGUUGCAUGAGAUGCCAUUAAUGCAGAAAUGGACAGAUUCGAUGUUUAGGAGUGUUCUUUCUGGUUUCACUAGCAUAAAGAAUCUUGAAAGAGAUAAUACUGUCCCCACUCUACUGUAUCCAAUAGCACGUCACUCCUUACAAGUAGCUAGAGCAAAGGUUGGAAGGAUGGAGGGGAUGAGUGCUAUUGCUUGAGCAUGUUUAAUUGCCCUUCACAUUAUUCUGUAGUCUCCUUUCUAUGGAUGAUUGGCUCGUAAUCAUUUCAGAGCACCUUUUCCAAAUACCGAAGGACCUGUGCCAGACGAUCCUAGUUGCCAAUCUUGAAGGGUAUCUAUGCGUGGGCCUGGGCAUUUGCAUAUACUAAACACCUCAUCAAGAAACCAAAUUGAACAGGGCUACCAAGUGCCGGUGCUCUCCUCCUUGUGCAGGAAGCGCAGGAUCCCUAAGCUUUGGAUGUCUGGGGAGCAGUUCCCCAUUUUCGACAUCCCCAAAGGCUGUAACAUUUUGGGGGCAAGAGCCUUAGGGAACAGUUUUUUCCCUGGAAAUUCCCAGAGAAUUAACUAAUGCUUUGUAAAAACACCGUGGAAGACCACCCUUCUUCCCCCUGUUGACCCCGUCACAGUCUCUGGGAAAACCAAGAAUGGGUCUUCGUAUCAGCGAUCUCAAGCAGUUGGCUGAGCUGACAUCUGAGUCCAGUAGUCAGAGAGCUAUAUCCUGCUCAGCAAGCAUUUUGUGGUUUUGGGAUGCGCCUCCAUUUUUCUUCAUUGCCCCUGCAGCUCCAAAGAAUGAGGUGGGGACUUAAGUCUCCUAAACAUUGUCUCCCUGGCUACCAGGGAACCUGAAUUUUCCCACUGGCCUGAGCCAAUUAGCCCCCGAUUAGUCUGAGACUGUGAUUCGGAGGGUCCUUUCUGACCAAGAGAGCACUGUUUACUUCAAGCCUGUCCAUCUGAAAGUCCAUUUGGUCUCAAUUUGGCUUCUUUGUCAUUAUUAUUUUGGACAUAACCUUAGCUGGCAUUGAAAUAACCACAUAUAGAAUAAAGCAUUUCAGUUGUAACAGCUGAAUCCGAACAUCCUGGCCAAUGACUGUUCACCAAGGGAUCCUGAAUGCACCUUAGAUUGACUUCUACAUCCAUGAGGUGCUUCAAAUGAAAACAACAUUGCGGUUUGGUAACAAGGAAGAGGGUAAAAUUGGACUCUAAUCAGUACAGUGGACAGGACUAAGGCACUUUUUCACACCUGACUGUUCCAAUGAGAAUGGGCUUGUGCAGGUGGGCUGGAGUGGGAGUGAAGGAGGGCAUUGUAAACUAUAAUGAUGGUGACUGGGAGACUCUGGCUUGCCCUGCAGCCCAGUGAGGAGGAGGGGAACCCAAAUGUCCCAGGGUCAGGCCAGUGGCAGCAUCCUGCCAGCCAAAUAAGUGGAAACAGCAAAAGCCUGGGUUGGCUUUUCCUCAUCCCUAUCCCAGAGCCAUCCCUUCUCACUGCAGGAGCCAAUGGUGCUGCUGAGGGCCGACUGGCUGACUGGCACAAUGCAACCCGGCCCCGUGUCAUGAUCUCGGGUGCAGGCUGGCAUCUUCUUAGACUAAGUCCUCACCUUGGCAAAGAGUGAAGCACAGCCCAGCCCCUGUAUUUCUGUGGAGUCCCCCGUCCAAAUGCUUCAAUUAGGCAUCUAAAUAAACCACCCAGCCCAGAAACAUCCCGCUUUGAAACCAUCCCAACCAGAGUGGGUGAUCUGACACUUACUCUUUUACUAGAACUCUGUUCUAGACUAUCCCAUCUUCCUCCCACCCGUCUUUGGUAGGCAAUACAAUAUUCCUGAACAACCUGUAUCCCAACAGCUGACAGCCAGACCCAUGAAAUGUAGUCCAGAAAAGUAGGUGAUUUCUAGGUUGAUGGUGUCUGCUCAAUGCCACUCACUUUUUCAGCUUCUCUCUUUUAUCCCUCUACACUCUUGCUAAUGGGUCCCAGAGAAGGGCAGUGAGGAAUAUGAAUUUCUGAGCCAUAAGCAGCAGCAUGUAAGGUAACUGGCACAGGGCCAAGGUCUAGAGUGCAGUGGGACCAGACUUGCCAACAGGUGAGGGGGUUCUAUCAGUUUAAGGUGAGAUACAUGUUUGGCAGUGAUUUGGGUUGAGGGAACUUUUUCCAAGUGCUUUGGAGAGUGCAUUAUGCCAAUCUCUAACUCACUUAAUGACUGACUUCCCAAUCUGCAGGCUCCUGUGGAGAUGGAGCCUCAGAGCAUUUCUGACUGUAAAAAAGGCUUAAUGUUUAGCACUACAGCCUCUUGUCCCUGCUCUUUAAGCCUGGUCUCUGUCUAAUGGAGCAGAAAUGCCAUCAUCAUUUCAAUCAGGCCAAACUCUUAUGCUUUGAGGACUAUUUCACCCUCAAGGCCUCAAAUUCCCUGUCUGAGGGAAGGGGGAAUAACCUAGUCCUGUCUUGGAAGUACCAGGAUCAAAGAGAAACCUACCAGGGCUUAGAAUUUGGGAGAUUCCCAUAGUUACCUACUUGCUUUAAGCAAUCCAUUCAAAAUCACGAAAUCCAGUAAACUGGAAGUGAGCCGAGUGCUUUCAAAGAACCAUUAGAGGUCUAGCAGAUUGGAAUUUGAAGAUGGAGGAUUCUGACUGGACAGAAAAUCACCUGAAAUCUCCUGUUGAGAGAAUCACUGGUUUAGCCCAUGUGGCUUUUCUCUGAUGGUGAACUGGACUAAGGUUCUCUACCCAGCCUCUCUGCUCAACUCUUACUCUUCUCCAAGAUAGUAGGAGGCUAAACUGGGUAACCUCUUACAGAAUAGGUCUGCAUUGGAGUAGAAUGCUUUUGGGUUAUGGAAAAGUCACAGAAGAGCAUCAGGAAGUUGCCUAUUUUCAGACAAAGUUGGACUUGCUUCUUAUUCUGUGCCUUCUCUUGGUCUUUGGUUGGGGCACAUUGAGAAUAUCAGUAUCAGAGAACCAGAAAGAUUAGAAGGACCUGAAAAGGCCCAUGUGUUUUGUGGAUAAGAACUUGUGCAAUGGCCCUUGCCAGAGCUAGAGGGGCAGGAACAUUAAGGUAUUAAUUAAUUAGAGAUGGAUGUAAAACAUUUAUGGAAGGUGGAAAGCCACUGAAAGUUUCAAAAAAUGAUCCAAAACAUCCUUUCCCUCAGAUUUUUUUCUUGGCUAGAAAAGAGUCCACUGCAUGCAUUAACAGCAACUAUCCUUUCAUGCUUUCAUGGGAGCCUGACUGUCCAAGAGACAUCUUUCCUGGCCCCAAAUACCAGUUUUUAAAACUUUCUCUUUUAUAAAAGUAUGUUGUUCUGAAAAUAAUACUAUUAGUACUGCUAAUAAUAAAAAAGUAAAUGGACAUGUUUGUGAAGUAAAUUUUUUCAGUAUCAGGACAAAAAAAUACAGUUAACUGUAUUUUACCUCUGAUACACUUUAAAUGCUAUAGAAAUUCAUUUUCUUCAUUUUGGAAACCUAAAGGAAGAUUUCUUUACCUGGAAAGAUGAAAACUGGAUGUAGCCUCUUUAACAGACUGUAGCACAGUUCUACUGUUUGCUGUGUCAUUUGUCGUUUAAUGAAUUGCGUGAGAACAGUCACCGUGUAAUGAAGUGUGUGUGGGGGGGUGGGAAAUGUUUUAUGAAAGAAGAAAUUAUAAGCCUAACACUAUGAAGUAACAUUGAAUGAAGUUUCUUUUAAAGUGCAAUAUAUUUAUUUCAGCUAGAAAUGUAAUAUCAACAUUAUGUAAUAUUUGAAGCAUCUAAACGUUAUUUGUAAACAGCUUAAAAUGAUAUAUCACUCCCAAAUUGUACAGAAGUGCAAAAGUGUGGAUAUGAAUUUCUUUCAUUAAAAUAUGGUGUGCUUUUGAUAUAUA